CAAACUGUCCAGCCACCAAUUAAAACCGCCCAGCCACGAAAAUACCUGCCCACAAAUUAAAACAACCUUUGGGCUUUGAAACAGACCGUACCACCCAAAAAUCGUCGCCGAAAAACGUCGCAGUAUCACGAAUUUGGAUGCGGUUGUACGUAGAGGAAAGAGGAAAUCACUUGGGGUUGGAUAUCAGAGCGGCAAGAGGGUGGCAAUUGGGGUUUCGGGGCGGCAGGUGGGUGGGUCUUGUGGUUUCAAGGGGGCAGCAGGUGGGUGGGUUGGUUGUUUCCGUUUUUGUGGAGAGAGAAAGAGGAGUGAGAAGGGAAAGUGAGAAAAUUAAAAAAAAAAAAAUUAACCUGUUAAUCAGGUUAAAUGGAGAAGGGGAUAUGAAGGUUGGAUUUUUGUGGAAUAAAAUGAAGGUUGAAUUUUUAGGAAGAAAAAGUGCAAUGGUUGGAUUUUUAAUUUUCAUUUUUCCUUUUAUAUAUAUAUAUAUAUAUAUAUAUUUUAAAGCCUUUGUUUGUCCAAAGAAUCACACGACUACACGAGUCUAUAAUUGGUUUUGCCUGUGUAUGUGAGUUGUGAGAGAGGAGAGCAGAGAAGAGGAGCAUGGAAUUGAGUGAGAAGAAUGACCCUCUAAUUUCUACUUCGGCCGGUGAAGGUGAUGGCGACGGCGGGGGCGGUGGAGGAGGGUAUAGCAUUGAGAAUGUGAAGAGGGCAAAGCUAAAUUCGACGUUAGCCGCAUUACUCGACGAUCCCAUUCUCGCCGAUGUCCCAAAGAAACCAUCUUUAUCAGAUGUCGACACCCUUAUCAGCUUAGAGCUCGGCAGUGCCAUGCGCAUCACUAUCCUCAAGCUCGACUCCACCUCUUUUGAUGUUGUGGUCAUGAACUCGGCGACAGUCAAGGAUUUGAAGCUUUGUAUUAAGAAAAAAGUUAAUGAAAUGGAACAAUCAAAGAUGGGUCAUCGUCAUAUUUCUUGGAAACAUGUAUGGGCGAAUUAUUGCCUUUUGUAUCAUAAUGAGAAGCUACUCAAUGAAAGUGCGGCUCUUCAGGAUUUUGGUAUACGCAAUAAUUCUCAGGUGCAAUUUAUACCUUUCAUUGCAGCAAGGCAAAAUAAGAAGCAUACGAAGAGGAAAAAGCAUCGUUUUUUCCAUGGUUUAAACAAACGCUCAUAAGGGCUACAUUAUGAGUGCAUGAUCACCCAUACUUCUUACACUUGACAGUUCUUCUUUGGCUGUAGAUGACUUUAGUAGGCCUUGAAUAACUUCUUGUGAGUCUGAUUUGAUGACAAUAUUGGAGUAGGAUUGUGAAACUGCGUUAAGAGCUGCAAGGACAGCCAGCCCCUCUGCUUGGCUCGGAGUGCUAGCAAAAACUCGUUCUGCUACCUGGAAGGUGUCUAGAUUCCCUACUUCUGCUACCCAAGCUAUGGCAGCCUGCCAUUGUCCUUUUUUGCCCUUUCUUGUCUCCUUUCAGGCUGCAUCAACAUAAAUGGUAAUAACAGGUUUGUACUGAUGCUCCAGAUUGGAGGGAUCUUUGCUUUCUUCUGAUUUGGUUCUUCUGGUUUUGCCAAGGAUUUCUUCAAGGCAAGAGCUUUUUCCCAUCUUGUGACGUGUGACUGCCUCUCUCAGUACAAUGAUGCCUUAUACAAUACAAUGUGAGUUAAGGCGAUAUUGUAGGUAAAAUUGUACAUGAUGGUUGUUGUACAUGUCCCAUACACGAAGAAAGAUUGCAGUGGCUCAUCUAUUAUUGAAUGUAGUAAAAAUCUCCCCAGAUGUAUCACUUACUAGUACAUAACUCCAGAUUUAUGUAUAAUUUCCCUCCACUUUUGUUA